CGAAACAUCUUCAGCUCACACACACACAAGCAAAUUAAUUAAGAGAUCAAAAAAUGGAUGCCUCCAUGGGUUCAGUCUUGGUCUUGGGAGCCCUCCUGGUGGUGCUCGUCUCGACGCUGCUGAUCAGGGUGCUGUUCCUUCUGGUGUGGAAGCCCUUCACCGUCACCAGGUGGUUCAGGGGUCAGGGCGUCGGCGGCCGGGGCUACAGGUUCUUCGUUUGCUCCAUGCCGGAGAUCAGGCGGAUGAUGGCCGCCGGGAGCGAGGUCAUCCUCGACGCCGGCUCCCAUGACUUCAUCCCCAUCGUGCAGCCGCAGUUCCGCAAAUGGAUCGCCGAUUACGGGAAAACUUUUCUGUACUGGUACGGGGCCGCGCCGAGCGUCUGCGUCGCCGACGUCGACCUGGUGAAGCAGGUGCUCGCGGAGAGGACGGGUCUGUUCCCCAAGAACUACCUCAACGCCAACCUGGAGACGCUCCUCGGCAAGGGCCUCGUCCUCGUCAACGGCGACGACUGGAAGCGCCACCGCAAGGCGAUGUCCGUGGUCAUGGCGGACUUGGCGGAGCGGAUGAUGCAGAAAUGGCAGUCUCACAUACAGCAGGCCGGCAGCCAUCAGGCUGAAAUUGAACUGAGCAGCGAGUUCUCCGAGCUGACUUCGGAUGUGAUCGCGCACACGGCCUUCGGGAGCAGCUACAAGCAGGGCAAAAAGGUCUUCUCCGCAGCUCCCGCACUGCGCGGGGUCUUAAGGAGGUUAUUAGUGGGAGGUCUUUUUCACGCACCGUGCAAUGUGUAGAUCCCACCGCUCGAAUAUGUGACCUCUCAGUCUCAGUUCAUAGACGGCAAGCACUACCACUUGCACCAGGCCGCCCUUUUUAACAUAUUCAUGUUGGAAAUAAAUUUCAGUUAAGAUAUUUGUGAUCUUCACUAUUAAGGAAGCGUUUAAACCAUCUAAAUGCGAUUAAGGAAACCUAAUAAUAAAACCCUAAUGGGCUGUGAUCAACAGUCCCAUUAAGCCCGUUUCCAGAGGCUAGCCCCCAGCCCCACAGUGCCUAUAAAUAUAAAGUCGUGGUUAGCACCUUAAUGACCCCUUCAUCUCAAUCUAAAACCCUAGCCACAGCUAGUCUGAUCGCUAAGGGCACUGGAGGGGUUUGGAAGGCCAAGCACUCUCGUUGGCGCACGAAGGACGCCGAUUCGCUGCUGCAUCUUCUACACCGACAAGAACACAUACUUCCUCUACGGAUCUGGCGUAAAUGGCUGCUGUUACUGCUAACGCUGGUAUAAUGAUUACCAUUUAUUCCGCAUUAGAUUGAUUUGUCAUGAACUAGGUUAUGUUAAGAUCCUGAAGUAACGUGCCACUAAUAUUAAGUUUUGGCAAUUCUAACAAUCAGUAUCAUGAGCCAUCUUAAACUAGUCAUGCACAGUCAAUUUUUUGAGCCAUGUUUAUGCCUCUUUUUUCGUCAGUUUAAGAUGCAAAACGUGUUGUGCAGAUUAGAUCCUAUUGCACAGUUAAGUUUGAUUCAUGUUUUAGAUGCAAUUGGAUCCUGCAGAAUGGCUUUUAUGUGUUAAUCAUGUGUGAUUAGAUCUAAAUCAUGGUUAAUUAAGUUUCUGAUCACGAGAUUAGAUCUAAUCUAAUUCAGUUUAUGUCAAGUUUAAGAUUAAUCUUGAUCUGUUAAUGCUAAGUGUCUCGGAUUAGAUGCAAACGUUUUAAUGUUUAUGCUAAUUCAUGUUUAGACCGAGACAAUUACAUGAUUAAGUUGAGUAAUUAAGGUUUUAGGGUUUCGGUUCUUAAUCUGUUCCCCAAAUUAGAUCUCUGUUCAUGUUUAAUUUUUUGCAAAUUAAAGUUAGAUCCAUGAGAUUAGAUGCAUCAGUGAGCAUUUAGAAGAAGAGGAAUAGUCAAAUUUCAGAUCACAUAAGGAAUAUCCCAAAUCUCAUGAACUCUAAACCUAAGUGAAGUGGCUUACCUUACUUACCUCCAGUU